AUGACGGCCAUUGACGAAGUAUCGGCGCGCGUCGCUGCCGCGCAGCAGCGUCUCGACUCGCUGGAGCGCUUACUGGAUGACGUGGAAGGGGUACAGCGCGUGAAGCAGCACCUGCAGCGCGAGAGGCUGACGAGCAGCGCGCUCCAAACGGCGCCGAGCGACUACUACUCGUGGCGUCUGGACCAGAGAGCGAAGUUUCUCGGCUGUAGCACUGUGCACCUUUGCAAGAGUAUUAUUGUCGAGAACGUGGCAUGCGUGAACCAGAGCAUUGAGGAUCCGCUCAAUAGCCGGUACUACUGCGUGGUCCUGCAGUAUAUCUCCAAGCUCGAUGCAGAACAGCUGCGGCGCUUUGUGCGUGACAACAUCCCGGAGGCCGACCGUCCAUCCAGGAAGAAAUUCAAUUUUCAGCACGCUCCAGCAGAGGUGUCGGAGCAACUGACAGGAUUCAAGCACAACGGCGUAUCUACAUUUGGCAUGAAGACACGUAUCCCGGUCAUCGUAGCGAGUGAUGUUGUAGCCCUGAAACCGGCGUUCCUGUGGCUUGGUGGAGGCGCAGAGUCGGUAAAGCUGCGUGUCAGCGUGAAAGAUCUGAUUGUGGCACUCGAAGCACGUGUAGCUGACGGCAUUACGACGUUAAGAACCGGUUUGGACGAGCAAUGA